GGCACUGUCCUGAUGAACCGCUAUGAGCUUGGACGCAUCCUGGGGCAUGGAACAUUCGCAAAGGUGUAUCACGCUAGGAGCCUCAUGUGCAACCACAGUGUCGCCAUCAAGGUCAUUGACAAGGAAAAGGUGUUGCGUGUGGGCAUGAUCGAGCGGAUCAAGCGGGAGAUCUCUGUCAUGAGGCUCGUCCGCCACCCCAACAUUGUCCAACUGCACGAGGUCAUGGCCAGCAAGACCAAGAUAUACUUUGUCAUGGAGCACGUCCGGGGAGGCGAUCUCUUCAGCAGGGUAGCCAAAGGCCGGCUCAGGGAGGAGGUGGCAAGGAAGUUCUUCCAGCAGUUGAUCGCGGCCAUUGAUUUUUGCCACAGUCGUGGUGUAUACCACCGGGACCUCAAGCUGGAGAACCUCCUCAUAGACGACACCGACAACAUCAAGGUUUCUGACUUUGGGCUUAGCGCCCUCAGGGAGUCUCUGGGGCCAGAUGAUCUGCUGCACACCACAUGUGGUACACCUUCGUAUGUCGCCCCGGAGAUCAUCAACAAUAAGGGCUAUGACGGCGCAACAGCAGAUGUAUGGUCUUGUGGAGUCAUACUGUUUGUUCUACUCGCAGGCUACCUUCCCUUCCAUGAUUCCAACCUAAUGGAGAUGUACAGGAAGAUAGGAAAAAGUGAAUUCAAGAGCCCUCACUGGUUUAGCUAUGAUGUCAGCAAGAUUCUGGGGAAGCUCCUUGAUCCAAACCCAGAGACUCGCAUCACCAUCGAGAAGCUGGUCGAGGAUCCGUGGUUCAAGGCGGAGUACAGACCAGCAGUACUUCUGGCACAGCCACACGGCUCAAAGAGCUUGAAGAGCGUGCAGUACAAACCAACAAUACCGCUGGCACAGCGACAUGGCUCAAAGAGCAUGAAGGGCGUGUACGUCACUAUCAGCACCGAGCACAAGGUUAACAAAUGUGAACAGCCGGAACAAUCAUCCAACGCCAUGAAGCCAUCAAGCUUGAACGCGUUUGACAUCAUCUCCCUAUCGCAUGGAUUUGAUAUCUCAGGCCUGUUAGAGAUGCAGCGGAAGCAGAAGGUGCCUGAGUUGUUCAUCACACAAGAUCCAACAUCAACGAUAGUGUCAAAGUUGGAGGAAAUUGCUAAGACAAAGCACUUCAACGUGAAGAAAAAAGAUGGGAUAGUGAAGCUGCAGGGAUGUAAGGAAGGGAGGAAGGGGAAGCUUGCCAUCGAUGCGGAAAUAUUCGAGGUUGCGUCAUCCUGCUAUGCCGUCAAGGUCAAGAAGGCAGCAGGGGACACUUUGGAGUACCAAAUGUUCUGUAACAAGGACCUAAGGCCUUCCCUGAAGGACAUCUGUUGGACAUCGACAUCAGAGGAUCAACUGCUAACAAGUUGUGGCACAUAA